GYGGUCAUCGACAUCACGAUAAACCAKUGAUGUCGUCGUCCUCUUCUUCAUCCACGACGACUACAGAGCCGGUUAAGAGGAUGACCAGAGUCUACAGCAAUAGUAAUCGCAGUCAAGACUCGAGAGAUCACCGGUCAAGACAUGACAGCAAUAGUAAUCGCAGUCAAGACUCAAGAGAUCACCGGUCAAGACAUGACAGCAAUAGCUAUAACAACAAUAAUAAUGAUAAUAACUUCAUCAGUGAUCGAUAUAGACAUCAUAAUCAUCAAAAUUAUCACCGAAACAGACACUAUGACGACACACCRCGAUAUUCAUCACAACAACAGCACAGAUCACAUUAUAAUUACAACAAUCGACGAUACGAUAAUAAUAAUAGACAUUUUGUCAGAAGUGGUGAYAAUAAUAGUAAUAAAAAUGUCAACAAUUAUACAGAAGACAGGCCACACCAUUACAAACAAAGACAUUUUGAAAAUAGUGAUAGACAUAGACGUUAUGGUGAUAAUAAUGAUUAUGAUGAUCAUCAUCACCAUCACAGAUACCAUCAUAAAUCAGAUAAGACAUCAGUGACUACUACCGCUACUAAUACGAAACAACAAUUAGAUAAUAGUCACUGUCAGCCAAGUGUAUCGACUAUAGGUAAUGAUAGACAUAGUGAUACACAUGAAGAAGAUGAUGUGUCAACAGUUGAUGCAAAUGAUAACAAUUUGCAGCAAACAUUAGAUGAAAUUACAGCACUGAAAAGCAUAUUCGAUGAUACAAUCCUUACCAUUGAUGAACAGCAAUUGAAAGGCCGAUUUUUGGCCGAAGUUGUGAUCAGUGAUGAGAUGACUGUGUUUUAUAGUAGCAGUCAAUCUCGACAUAAAAGUGCCCAAAAAUUGUCCGAAGAAUUUCGAGUUAAACAUUUGCCACCAAUUGAGCUGUACUUUGAAUUACCGAAGACAUAUCCAUCACAAACUAAUCCACGAUUUUUGAUAUCAUGUAAAUGGCUUUUAUUGAAUCAAUUAGAAUCAAUAUGUGAUAAAUUAGAGAGAAUAUGGAAAGACAUGAAAAUGGAAGUACUCUUUACGUGGUUUUCAUUCUUGCAAAACGAUUUAAUGGAUUACUUGAAUAUUAGAAAUAUGUUAGAUAUCACACCAUUGUUAGCAAAGCCUGUAUGGGUUAACAAUAGGACCGCCCAAUCGAGUGAUGGAAACAUUCAAAGUGAAUCACAUGUCAUGAACUUGAAACCGGCCAUUGAAAGGGGUGGCAGACAUCAUGACCGUAGGGCUGCUUGUGAUCGGAUUGGCGUACAAUUGAUCACUCAUUUGCGGGCAUACAAUGAAUACAAAUGUAGUGAAGUCUUCAAUAAAAGUUACCAUUUGUGUAACAUAUGUUUUUCGUCGCAUUCGGGCCAAGACUGUGUAGUGUUUCCCUGUAAACACAUCAACUGUCGAAACUGUAUUCGCGGCUACUUUUCCACUCUUGUCAAAGAGGGAACCGUUAAUUUGCUGAAAUGUCCCGAAACCGAUUGCCAAACAACAGCUCCGCCGCAACUGGUGCGCCAAUUGGUCAGCAAAGAGCUAUUCGAACGGUACGACCAGCUCAUGUUGGACACCAUUGUGUCGAGUAUGCAGGACGCCCACUACUGUCCGCGUAAGAUAUGCGGCGCACUGGUAAUCGGCGAUACCGACUCAUCGCUGGCACACUGUACCACUUGUGGCCAUGCAUUCUGCAAGAACUGUAAGUUUACCUAUCAUGGCGUCGAUCCGUGCAAUAUCUUCAGGGAUGCCGAACAGCGUAAGAUUAUUGUUGCCAAAUAUACUGAAGCCGACGACGCCGAAAAAUCCGAAUUAGAGAAACUGUACGGCAAAAAACAAUUGGCAGAAGCUAUCGAACAGGCGGCCACCGACAAGUGGAUGGAGGAUAUGGCCAAACGGUGUCCACAUUGUAAGGCUACCAUCGAGAAGAGCGACGGCUGCAAUAAGAUGUCGUGUUGGCGAUGCAAUACAUACUUUUGUUGGCUAUGUCUCGAGACACUACCCGUCACCCAACCCUACAGUCACUUUAGUAAUCCGGCCUCCAAGUGCUAUAACCAACUGUUCCUCGGAGUCAAUAUGGAUAUUGACGAUAUGUUUGAUGAUUUUUUCAUUUGAGAUAUGAGUUUUGAUUGAUUUUCUGUUAGUUUGUUAGUUUUUUUUGAUAAUUUAUUUUACAAC